ACGCUGCCUUAAUGAUACCUUGGAAUUUACAACUUUUUGAAUGAAGCUCCAUGAACAAACCCCUGAGCUGCACCUGUCUCUGCACCGGCAACAGAGACAAAUACUAUGAAUGAGGUCCAUCCAAGGUUGUUCUGAAUUAGGGGAAGAAAAGGUAUAUUUUUCAUUAUUCUUCUCCUAAAACCACUGAUCACUAUUAUAUUAAACACAUUAGUUUACCUUCAUAGCAGAGCUCGGUCUGUUUUAGCGACAAUAGUUUAAUGUGAGAAAUGAUGAAGUAAUCAAAUAUAUAGAUCACAUUUUCCUUUUAACAAGGUGGCCUGGUUGUCGUACGAUUUUCACUUAUAAUUUCCGACACUUUAAGAAGUUCCUGAAGCAGCCAGGCCCCGCCCCGUCGCUGCUGGUUUCCAACAGCAGUACUGAAGUAACAGCAGAGCCAACAUGGCGCCCGCAGCGCUUACUCUUCCUCUCAGUUCUCCGUCCUCUCUCCAUCUCUGUGUUGUAUUUUAACUCAUCACAUAUCGUAUACACCCUUUGACGUAUACACAUCUUAAAAAACUAAACUAAGUAUUAUUUCUCCCCGGAAGUUUCCAGAUAAGCGGCGCGUUCAGUCCGGAAGCCUCGUAACUAACGGAAACGUAAAAUACGCCGAGGUGAAGAAAGUGAGAGAAAGCUGAGCGACAGGCGCAGGAGUGGUGAUUGUGAGCAGCUGAUGCAUUGCCAUGGCCACAGCUGAGUGAUGGCAGUGACAUGACAGCACUGAUCCUGGUUUUGGACCAAAAACCCACAGUUGCUGCUCUGUCAUGUUCCUGUGCUGAAGUCUGGAGCAGAACCUUCAGAAAAUGGACGAAUCGGUUCUGUUGGAUCUGCUGGAGUGUCCUGUUUGCCUAGAGCGUCUAGAUGCCUCAGCUAAGGUCCUUCCCUGUCAGCACACCUUCUGCCGUCGCUGCCUGCAGGGCAUUGUGGGUUCUAGAGGAGAACUACGAUGUCCAGAGUGUCGGACAUUGGUGGAGUGUGCCGUGGAUGAACUUCCCAGUAACAUCCUUCUUGUACGUCUACUGGAUGGCAUCAAACAGAGGCCACGCAACAGACCUGGCCCGGGAGCAACCGUCUGUACCAACGGUACCACAUCUGGAGCUGUGGCCAGAGGUCAUGGCAGAGACCAGGCUAACAACCGGGACCAAGGAUCUUCAGGAGCACAACCUCAGAGAGCACAGACCAAGAGCAACCUGGUCAGGGGUGUACCUCAGCUGCCCUGUGCCAAAGCUCUGUACAACUACGAUGGUAAAGAACCAGGAGACCUGAAGUUCAGCAAAGGGGACAUUAUCAUCUUGCGGCGGCAGGUGGACGAGAACUGGUUCCACGGUGAGAUGGGCGGAGUCCAUGGCUUCUUCCCCACCAACUUUGUGCAGGUCAUCAAGCCGCUGCCGCAGCCUCCACCUCAGUGCAAGGCCCUGUACGACUUUGAGCUGAAGGACAAAGAGGCGGACAAGGACUGUCUUCCCUUUUCUAAGGACGACAUCCUGACUGUGAUCCGCAGAGUGGAUGACAACUGGGCAGAGGGAAUGCUGGGAGAUAAAAUUGGAAUUUUCCCCAUCUCAUAUGUGGAGUUUAACACUGCAGCUCGUCACCUCAUCGAGCUGGACAAACCCUCGGACUCUAGCGGAGACUCUGGGGAGGGGCCCUCCACUGGCCCUCAGAGUAACGGAGCACAGCGGGUGGGGGAGAAAAAGAACAGCAAGAAGCGACAUUCCUUCACCUCUCUCACCAUGUCCCAUAAACCCAUGCUGGCCCCGCCUCCUCAACGCCACUCCAUGGAGAUCAGCGGGCCGGUCCUCAUUAGCUCCAGCAACCCUACAGCAGCCGCCCGCAUAGGAGAGAUCAGCGGAGGGCUGUCCUGCAGCGCACCCUCACAGGUUCACAUUUGCACAACUGGACUCAUUGUGACUCCGCCCCCCAGCAGCCCUGUCACCACAGCGACAGUCUUCACCUUUCCCUCAGAGACCAGCUUCACCUCCAUGCCUGUGGAUGCUCUGCCUCCGCCCCCUCCCCCUCCCCCACAGUCCUCUGCCAGUGGAGUGGUGUAUUCACUGGCGUCGGGACAGAGACCCUCCCCGAGCUCCAGUGACCAGGGUGGGAGACAAAGACCCACAGUGUACGUGGCCAUGUUCCCCUACACCCCUCGUAAAGAGGACGAGCUGGAGCUGAGGAAAGGUGAGAUGUUCCUGGUUCUGGAACGCUGUCAGGACGGCUGGUUCAAAGGAACAUCCAUGCACACCGGAAAGAUCGGAGUGUUCCCGGGAAAUUACAUGAGUCCAGUCAGCAGGACGGCAUCAGGCAGUGCUCAACCGAAAUUACCCAUGAGUCUUUGUGCUCAGGCUGGCCGUGGUAUCACCAUGGUCACCUCUUCCUCAGCUCCACUCGGUUCUGUUGUUCCUGGUCUGGACUUUAACAAACCUGCCGUGGUCAAUGGCUCCGGUCCAGGGUCUGCUGCUGUGACCUCUUCUGUGACCUCUGCUGUGACCUCCGCUGUGACCUCUGCUCAGACGGCCACAGGUCAGCAGCCCAAGGUUCCUCUGCAUGUCACCUCUCAGAUGACGGUGAAUCAGGCACGAAACGCCGUCAGGACAGCGGCCUGUCAGAGUCAGGACCGAACCACCACCACCACUGUGCCUCCCAUACAGUCUGUAGCGCCCCCUGCAGGCUUCCAUUCAAACUCGGUGGCCUCUGUCCAGCCCUCCCCCAGCUCUGCUCAGAGCAGCACUCGGGCCAGUGUGGCCAUGGGCUGUGCCGCGGCGUCUCUCACUCCACCCAACGUCAGUGCUGCGUCUCUAGAGGGCGAUGUCCUGUCCAGAACGGUUCCUGUUCUAUGUGCAGCCAGUUCUGCUGCUACGGCUGUGUCCAACAACGCAGCCCCCCCCUGCAGAGGGGACAAGGAUGGGAAGAGAGAAAAGAAAAGUCUCCUGAAGCUUCUGUCCUCCAACAAGAAGAAGUCUCGACCUUCUCCACCGUCUUCUCCUACACUAGAGGUGGAGCAAACUGCUGCUGGAGACGCCCUUCAUGGAGCCAUGGGACAUGAAGCUGUCUCCUCUGGACCUGGACCUGGACCUGGACCUGCAGUCAGUUCAGAGCCUGAUUCUGCUGCCUCCUCUUCCUCCUCCUCCCCCUGUGUAGUUUUUGACUCCUCCCACAGGAAGAACACAGCUCUGGAUAUAGUGUGUGCUCCUAUAGCCCCGCCCCCUCGUCAGGCCUGCUCCUCUCUGUCUUCUCAGCAGCAGGACGCUCGGCCCAUUGUCUGUGAGCGGUACAGGGUGGUGGUGUCAUAUCCUCCUCAGAGCGAGGCUGAGCUGGAGCUGAAGGAGGGAGACAUCGUCUUCGUCCACAGGAAGAGGGAGGACGGCUGGUUUAAAGGAACCCUACAGAGGAACGGCAGGACUGGACUGUUCCCUGGCAGCUUUGUAGACAGCAUCUGACCCAACAGACAUGGGCUGGACUGCUGAGUAGGCCACACUCUCUCACUGUUUCAAGGGCUAGUGACUGACAAAUAGAUGAGUGGCCAACAGACCAGAGACAGAGAAAUAGAUUUUAGUCUCUUUACAGAUUAAUUUGUUAUAAACUCAACAUAUUUAUGAGUCUGUGAAGUCCUGAGAGACUAUCUAUCUGACAGGAAACUAUGGUUUAUAAUCUCUUACACACACCCAUAAUUGAAAUCAGAGGUUUUAGUGCUGAUUUUAGGAGCUGCUGGUCAACUGCUGCCUCCUCUGGUCACUUUGUGUCACUGAGAUAAAUCUUAUCAAAGGAUUCCUAGUCAUGAAAUCACAAAAUAAACAUUUGAACUUAGUGAUGGAGGCAGCAGUGGAUCAACAACUGCUGAGUCUGAGAGAUAAAAUCACUGAUUUUCUCUGAGGUUUGCUGUUACAAGGCAGUUACAAACCUCUGAGUGUCUGAAGUGUCUCACAGUGAGAUGAAGAAGAGAAACCAAUGCCUUUUAAGGGGAGGAGUCUGUUGUGAUUAAAAAGGUUUAAAUGAAACCUAAACCUAAUUUAAAAAAAAUAAUUUUAGAAAAUUAGUCUUAAGAAAACACUGAAAUAUCCUUUUAUCCAGAACAGCUGUCACAGCCUGGUUGGGGCGGAGCCUAAGUGUGAAGCACAGUCAGACGGAUGAAAUGACACACACAAUCUGCACCUCUGGCUCCCAGCCCCCCGCCCCGAACCCCCACUGCCCCCACCCAGACUGUACCAAACCUGUGUCUAAUCCUGGCCCUGACUCUAAUUCUAAUUCUUAUUUUUCUAAUUCAACCUCAGACUCUUCCAGAGUCCCAGCGGUUCAUUAACUCAUUAACUUACUUCACUAACUCAGUGUUGCCUCUUUGUUGUCGUGACAACAGACUUUUCUUCUUCUUUGGUCUGAUGUUAACGUGUCUCUGGGUGAAAAGGAAACUCUUCUUCAUGUGAUGUCUGCUGAGAUUUUAUUAUUUAAUCCAGGAUCCGACCGUCGACACGACGCCACGCUGGAACUAUAAACACACUCCAAGCCACACUCUCCACAUGGUGGCGCUGCACGACCACAAAGUUGUCUUAUCUCCUUUUUUUGUCUGUUUUUUUUUUUUUUGUGUUCGGCCAUGUCGUUCGGUGAUUGGCUGCUGAGAUGUGAGGUCACAGGAGUCAGGUCCUGGUACUGAUUCUGGUUCUGGUUGGUUAAAGACAUGUUAGUACCUGGUCUGAGUCCAGUCUCCAGGACAUGUUUAAAAAAAAUAAAAGCACAAAUCCUCUCAGCUAGUCACUUUACAGUCACAGGUACUGAUGGAGCUGAACUCAUGACCUUUGACCUUUUCUGGUUGUGCUGGUUGAUUUCACGUUAAUGUUUUAGACUGGACUGAUGGUCAGAUGUUUGUUUGUCUUUGGUCUUUUUGACUGUGUGAUAACUAAGAUUACGAGGUAACCCCCACCCAGACGUAGGGACGUGUGUUUUUAUUUCUGUGAUCUGUCUUAAAGGUUAAAGUUUGUCUGAGAAGAAACAAAAAUGUGAAUCUGUGUUUAAUUAUUCUGAGGUUAACAGAGGUCUCCACCCCCUGGUCAGACUGUGCUCUCAGACCAUGUUCUUCAGCACAUGAUCUUCUCAGAGGGUUAGUCAUUAUUGGAAUUGACUUUUAUUUGAAAAGACUCCACGCCUACAGGAAGUAGGAGAAAAUCUGGUCCUUUUCCAAAUAAAACAAUAUUUAUUACUGAUAAUCUGUUAUUAUUCAAAUAUGUCUGGUAUCAGGAGAACGUUGGUCCAGUAGUGGUCCGUGACCCAGUGGUUGGGGACCUCUGUUUUAAAAAUGAUCAAGAAUAAAGGAGCCUUUUACGUCUUGGAUGAAGACGUCAGUAAUGUUGCCCCCCUCAGGUCUUUUUUUUCCCUGCUAAAGCAUUUAGUAUUUCUUAACCUAAAACUCCAGCAGGAACAGGGGCCAGUACUUGGAACUGUUUUUGUUCCUGUGGUGGUUUUGACAGCAGAGACGAACCUAAAGCAUCUUUUCUGAAGUUUUGGUUGUGAUUAAUCAGAAACGUCCGUUAUCUUUCCUCUUGCAGCGACCUCUAGUGGAGGUUCUUCACAAAUUGUCUUGUUGUUAGUGUCUGUGUAAAAACUGAUGAAACUGACCUGGAACUGUUUGUAAAAAAAAAAGAAAACUGUCAUUUAUGUGAAAAAGAUUCUGAAGUACAGUGGGAAAAAUGAUCCAACAUUUUAUAAAAAAUAAAUAAAAUCAAAUCUAUAACAAUUAAAAAAAACCAAAA